AGUAAAGUCGCGUAAUGAUGUCGUCAUUAUGAUGUAAUCAUUUGCGCGCUGAGCUGAUGCAAGACUGGAUGGGGCGAGAGCAGUAGUGUUUUAGCCGUGCCAACGACAUUGAACAGGACGAGAAACAGCGAUAUUUGAGUCAAUCAUCAUGUCAGAAGACGAGAUUUUAUUCGACCCCUCCACAACAAAGAAAAAGAAGAAGAAGAAGAAGCCCUUUAUGCUCGACGAGGAUGGAGAAGGCGAGGAGGCUCAACAGACUGAACAGAAGGAAGCUGAGCCUGAAGCAGCAGAGGAGCGAGAACUGGACCCUGAAGAUGAUGAAGUCAAGAAAAAGGAGCCUUCGGAUGAUUUAGAUGAUCUGAACUUCUUUAACCAGAAAAAGAAGAAAAAGAAACCAAAGAAGGUGUUUGAAAAUGACAUUGAGGAGGGCAUGAAGGAGCUGAAAAUUGAGGGAGAGCAGCAGGAAAUGAUGGAGGAAGAUGACUUGGAUCUGAUGCUUCCAGCUAAAAAAAAGAAACAAAAAAAAGUGGAAUUCGCUGAGGAAAGUGACACUGUGGAAAAGGAUGAUGUUGUCGAGGAUGAUAAAAGCACAGAUGGCAUCACGUUCAGUUCACAGUCGGGCCCAGCUUGGGCCGGUUCAGAGAGAGAUUACACCUACGAUGAGUUGUUGAGCCGGGUGUUUAACAUCAUGAGGGAGAAGAACCCUGAUAUGGUGGCAGGGGAGAAGAGGAAGUUUGUGAUGAAGCCGCCUCAGGUGGUCCGAGUUGGGACAAAGAAAACCUCUUUUGUCAACUUCACUGACAUCUGCAAACUGUUGCAUCGACAGCCCAAACAUCUUUUGGCGUUCCUAUUAGCUGAGUUGGGAACAUGUGGAUCCAUAGAUGGAAAUAACCAGCUUGUAAUCAAGGGACGCUUUCAACAGAAACAAAUAGAGAACGUCUUGAGAAGAUAUAUAAAGGAAUAUGUGACUUGUCACACCUGCCGCUCACCGGAUACAAUUCUGCAGAAGGAUACACGGCUCUACUUCCUGCAGUGUGAAACCUGUCACUCACGCUGCUCUGUAGCCAGCAUCAAGACCGGGUUCCAGGCCGUCACCGGCAAAAGAGCCCAGCUUCGAGCCAAAGCCAACUAAUACAAGCUCCCUGUUCUGGCCUCCCAGGCUGAUGCUCUGCUCCUCUGGCUGACGACGGUCCUCUCUGCUCUCCUCUGAAGCUCAGUGACCCAAGGCUUGGAGUGAACUCUGGAGGGUUUCGAGUGUAAUCUCUAUUAAUAAAUAUGACCUUGAAGCUAGAGGGCUUGUGAACAGACAGCCUUUGAUUUGCUUGUCUUACUUUACCUCCUUCCUCCAGACAUAUUAUAUAUUUUGUGCAUUUAGCAUAUCUGAUAACCAUAGCAUAUUUCUGUCUAUUUGGUGAAUUUUUACUCUGAGCAGUAUUUGUUUGGUUUUUUUUAGAGAAAAAGGUAAUAUUCCUGGAUGGAAACCAGAAAUAGGCAAACAUCUUCCAUGCUUUUGGAAAAUGAACCACAGCUUUUUAUAUCAGACUUUGAUUUGUCAAAGUAAAACAGAAUCUCCAAAUCUCAAAAUAUGUUUUUAUGGGACAGUCGUUUCAUAAUGCUCAGAUUGGAUCCAAGCGAAUGUUUGUUGAUCCAGAGGUCCAGUAGAAGUGUGACUUUAAAUCUCUCCUGAACACUAGAAUACAAGAUCACUGUUCUUAUGUAAUUACUCAGACAAAUUCAGAUUGCAUUGUUUUCUUCAGUAGAGCAUUGAACAGCAGAGGUUAGAGCAUGUUUGCAGUGCUUUGAAGUUUUUUUUGGCAUAUUUGAAUUAGAAUUUUUUUUUUU